AUUCCGUUUAUCUUUGUCGCCUCCUGUUCAUCAGACGUGUCCCCGCCCCAUUCCUACGUCACUCGAGUCUUCUCACGAAUGUGAUUGGCCAGACGUAGGGAUCACUGCUCUGCUAUUGGCUCGCAGAUACGCCUGUCAUUGACACUUUCAUGACUCGUAUGGGAGUUCCCUGGAGUUGGAGAUGGAAGAGAAAAGGCUUCUUAUCAGGCGGAAUGAAGGUCUGCACUCUCUCACAGUGUAAGUAACAGGGUGGAGAAGCAUGGCUGCUGCAUUCCUCGACGGUAAGGAUGCUCACUCCCUCCUGAAGCGUUUCCCUCGAGCCAAUGGCUUCCUGGAGGAGUUGAGACAAGGAAGCAUUGAGAGGGAGUGUGGUGAAGAGAGCUGCAGCUUCGAAGAGGCCAAUGAAGUUUUUGAGAACAAAGAGAGAACGAUGGAGUUUUGGAAAACUCGCAGUGUCUACACUGUGAGCAGCAACAGCGAGGGGCGCUCCGAGCGAGCCGACACUGUCUACAUGGUGGUUCCUCUGCUGGGCGUGGCCCUGCUGAUCAUCAUCGGCCUCUUUCUCCUUUGGAGAUGCCAGCUCCAGAAGGCAACUCGUCGACGGCCUGCCUACACCCAGAACCGCUACUUGGCCAAUAACUGCAACACCCGCAGCCUUCCUCGCAUUCUCGUUCACCGGGAAGCACACAGCGACAGGUCGCACCAGGAAUCCAGCUCACGCCCAACUGUAGUGGUGAGCGGUGCUCAGAGAGGAGGAGGUUCACUGUCAGACUCACAUGGCCUCCACCAGCAGAACACUUGUGCCCUCUAUGUCCAGGACUCCUCCCAGUCAGUGGCCUCACGACUGUCAGGUGCCACGCCCCCUCCAUCAUAUGAAGAGGUGACAGGGCACCUGGAAAGUAGUGGUGAUGAGAUCUCAGCACCUUCAUACAGUGACCCUCCACCCAAAUAUGAGGAGAUCAUCAAAGAGAAAUAAAACAUGCUGCCAUGGUUGUUGCUCCCCUAUGUCUGAAUGAGGUCUCAGUUAGUGCUGCUGGCUGUGGGUUGCUGAAACCCUUAUUGUAAUUCCUACUUUUUUGCACCGUAUGAUGCCUUUGUUUCAGUCAUGGGAGCAACCUAAAGCCACUCACCCCCAGGUUAAUGUGGGCCACGUAGAACUUUUGUUCACGGUGUACGCUUUGUAAUAACACAGCAUUAAAUGUAAUAUAUUUUGACUUCCUUAUGUAAAAACUAGGGCCAGGACUUUAACGUGUUAAUUAAGAUUCAUUAAUUACACAAAAAUUAGCGCGUUUAAAAAAUUGACGCAUUUUAAUCGCACUUAUCUUUGCACCGCGGAACGUUUCUCACUGGAUGAGUUUCAGGCGGACCGAUUAUACUGGAGCACCAACUAGCGUUCAUGAGUUCAGACAACAACAAACCACAGUGAACAUGAACGAAGAAGCUGAUGAGACCGCUUUGGUUGGUUUUAGAAAUUUUCUAAAUAUGCUAUUGCUACACUUAAUGGCAAAAAUUGCACUGGUCUGUUGGACUUGAAUUAAAAAAUAUUCAAAAAUAAACAAUAUUUGUGUUGCUUAAGCUUAUGUAUUCAGUCAUUAUUCACUGGUAUACUAAAAAUCCAUGUGAAAAAAAAUACUUCUCACUGUUCUCAGGUCAAAUAUUUAUAUGCGAUUAAAGUGCGAUUAAUUUCGAUUAAUUAAUUACAAAGCCUCUAAUUAAUUAGAUUAAUCGAUUUAAUCGAGUCCUGGCCCGAUUAAAAACUCCUGUAUUAUGUAAUGAUCUGCUGCAUCCUGAAUGCAACUUGUAAUACAUUUCCCUGCAUUUUGUAAUGAGUUAUUACAUAUCAGGGGCUACACGGUGGUUCCUCCCACAGUCCAAAAACAUGCACUUAGGUUUAAUUGGUGACUCUAAAUUGCCCGUAGGUGUGAAUGAGAGCGUGAUUGUCUGGCGACCAGGGGUCCACGGGCUCUCACCCAAUGUCAGCUGGGAUAGGCUCCAGCCCCCGCAACCCGAGUGCGGAUAAGCGGAUAAGGAUAAUGAAUGAAAUGAAUGAAUUAUUAAAUAUUGCUGUGACUGUUACAGGAAAUGGGAGUUGCACUUUUUGCCAACGUUAUAACAUUGAAACACGUUUCUAUUAUGCAUUCUGGGGUAAUUCAGAUGUUAUUACAUAAUGCAUGUGUUUUAUUUUGUGGAGUUAUUACAUAAUGUGUUGUUACAACACCUUACCUAAUUUCUUGGUCUGUAUUUUGCUUGGGCAAACUGUCAAUGGCAGACUGAUUCAGCCACAGCUGUUGCAAAGAGGUGCAUGGGGAAGAUAUGUCAUCUGGAGGCUCACUCAUCUGUCUGGCCCAUGUAGCCCAUGUAGCGGGCUAAAUGAUCAGGCAGGACUCUGUGCACACCAUAUAUAGGGUGGCACUGUGGGGUUGAGGCUCCAUGCAUAGGCACGGUGACUGUAAGGUUUCCUUGUCAACAGACUGCCACUGUUUCUUGAUAUAAUAUCUCAUGGUUUCUGGUUGU